AUGCCUACCAAGACCGAUAUCCACCUCUACACCACCGGCACCCCCAAUGGUGUCAAGGUCAGCAUCCUCCUCGAGGAGCUCGGCCUCGAGUACAAGACUACUCCAAUUACUCUCAGCAAGAAUACGCAAAAGGAGCCAUGGUUCCUCGCGAUAAAUCCCAAUGGCAGGAUUCCCGCCAUCACGGAUACCUUUACGGAUGGCAAGCCUAUUCGCAUCUUUGAGAGCGGUUCCAUCUUGCAGUACCUCGUUGAGAGGUAUGAUAAGGACCACAAGGUUUCGUAUCCCUAUGGAUCUCGAGAGUACUGGGAGGUGAACAACUGGCUUCACUGGCAAAUGGGUGGCCUUGGACCUAUGCAAGGACAAGCCAACCACUUCAAGAGAUACGCCCCUGAGCACAUCCAGUAUGGUGUAGACCGUUACACCAACGAAACCCGCCGCCUCUACCGCGUCCUUGACACCCACCUCGAAAAGUCCACCUCCGGCUUCCUCGUAGGCGACAGACUCACCAUUGCAGACAUUGCCAUCGUCGGAUGGGUCAACGCUCAUGAUUGGGCUGGUGUGAGUCUUGACGAGUUCCCCAACGUCGCUGCCUGGCUCGCAAAGUUGAAAGCACGCGAGGCUGUCCAGCGGGGAUUCGAUAUUCCGACACCCCAGAACAAGAAGCCGCUUUCUGAGGAGGAGCUUGAGAAGAUUGCUGCGCAAACCAGAAGCUGGGUACAGAGUGGAAUGGCUGAGGAUGCGAAGAAGGCUUGA